UUCAAUAUUCGCAAAAAAACCCGGUUUUUAUGAACUUAAAAAUUGAAUAAUCUUUUAAGCGAGAGUGAUUUCGAAUUCCAUUUUUAAUUUGAACUCUAAAAUAAAUCGAUUAAAAAAAAUUGGUUAGUGAUUCUUUAGAACAGAAGCCCUUUUUAAAUCUAAAGUUAUUGGACUAAAGCCUGGGAGAACCCUGAUCAUAUAAUCUCUAUGGUGACAAGUGACAGGCAAUGUUUCAGCUAUGGUAUGUUUUUUUGCACCUUUUGGAUUUUCGCAAACGUUAAAAAUAUCGGUGGUGUUAAAAACUGAACUUAAGACGUCUCUGAUGAUAUUGUUUCACGAUAUAAUCACAAUGACUACAUAACGACUUGUUUGUGUCUUCUAAUUUUAGUCUUGUAGUCAAAGAAAAAGGUAACGAUUGCCGUGAUUUCGUUCAAUUUGGAAUUUAUUAUUUGUUUUAAAAUAUUGUGACAAUGGCAUCAAGCAUUUACUUAACUUAUAUUGAUAAAGAAGGUCCAUUUUUGAAAGUUUGGGGCCAAACAGAAAGAAAUUCGUCUGUGCAUAUUGAAAAGAAUUUGCAACAAAUGCUGCCCCAGUUCGAACAGGGCUUGUUUGCGCCCUCUCCAGGUAGCAUACAAGUAGGAGUACUCUGCUGUGCUAAAUAUAAAGAUGGUUUAUUUUACCGCGCAAGAAUAACAAAUAUUGUAAAUCAAAAUAUUAUCGAAGUACAUUUUAUCGAUUAUGGAAAUAAAGAUGCUAUACCUGUUACGAGUAUACGGUUAAUGACAAACUUUCCUUCACCUUUGAUAUCAAUUCCACCUCAAGCACGAGAGUUUGUUUUGGCCGGAAUUAUGCAUAGAGGACAGAUUUGGGAUGAACAAGUACUUGCAGUUAUUAAUAGUGAAAUAAGGUAUAUUGAAUUACAGUGGGGACCUAUUGGAACUGUUGGAAAUUAUACUUUAAUUAAACUGUUUAAAAAUGGUGAAGAUAUAUCACAUGAUUUUAUUGCUCGAGGUUUAGUGUCAUCUGUGACAUUACCUAGUCAACAACAAAUACUGCAUAAUUUUUCAAGUACUAUACCUAAUUUACACAGCCCUGUAAGAAAUAUGGGAGUAUUGCAAUUGAUGUCUGGUGUACCUUCUAACCAAACCCCUGUUCAACCAACACUUCUCACUUACAAGUUAUUUUCUCUUGAAGUAGGUUCGGUACAUGACGUGUAUGUCUCUUAUGUAUCUGAUGGUCCUUGCCACUUUUCACUUCAAUUGCAAAAAUUAGAGGACACCUUAACAAGAUUAAUGAAAGAAAUUAAUAGAAUGCCUUUGCAACCAUUGGAAGACGAUCCUUUACCAGGGACUGUUUGCGUUGCAAGAUGUACAGAAGACAACCACAUAUGCAGAGCUGUAGUUACAAGUGUGGUGGAUAAUAUGUAUAAAGUUUUCUAUGUGGAUUUUGGAAACACCGAACUCCUAUCUAUCGAUAGUUUAUAUCAAGUUCCUUUUAAGUUUGUUAUUCCAAAAGUAAUGGCCAUGAGAUAUGCACUAGCAGGUUUAGAUCGAUCAAGUGUUACAUUAGAAAUGAAAUGUGCUUUUAAGGAAUUUGUUAAAGAAAAACUACUUCAUAUGCGUGUUUUACCAGCCCCAGCUCGUUCCGCACUCCCUUUAUGUGAGUUGUGGGACGACAAUAAUAUUAACGUCUUAGAUGUUAUCAGAAAAGCAGCUUUGGUGGCUUAUCCUGAACCUAUACAGUUAACUCGUGGCUUCAGCCAAGAAGUACAUGUCAGUUAUGUUUACAGCUGCAGUAGAUUUUAUGUGCAACUAAAAUCUAAAGAAGAAGAUUUGAGGCGUGUUAUGGCUGAGCUACAAGUUAAUUGCCCUCAUAAGCCUCAACUUUGUAUAGAUCAAAUUAAUAUUGGGCAACCAUGUUGUGCUCUUUUUGAAUCAGAUGGUUUAUGGUAUAGAGCCCAAGUUUUAAAUGUCGAUGAUAAUCAAAUCAGAGUUAUUUACGUUGAUUAUGGAAAUGAAGAAGUAGUUUCUUUGGAAAAUUUGAGAAUACCACAAGGAGAAUUAUUAACCGUUUUGCGGCCUCAGGCAUUAGAAUGCUGUUUAAAUGGCUAUCAAAAAAUGGAAACUGACCUAGAACGAGAUUCAUUUCUGGAAGAAUUAAUUUUAGAGAAAGAUUUUACAAUGAAAGUAGUUGAGAUGCAAGGCAAAAGAGCACUAAUUGAAUUGAUGGAUGUAUCCAGGUAUAAUGUGGCGUCUUUACUUCUUGACAAAAUAGCAUCUGCACAUUCACAAGCUAGUCCAUUACUUAUUCAGGAUGGAAAUAGAGUUGAACAGCGCAAGCGCAGCAGUCCCACAAUAGCAAGGGACCAGGGAUAUUCAAAAGAUGAACAGCCUUCCCAUAAAUUUUUCACAAAGAAGCAGUUUGGAGAUAAGGACAAAAGCGGCAGUUGGAGACAAAAAGUUGAUGAUAAACGAUUAAAUCAUGGUGACAAUCGGUGUAAUAUAAGUUUUGAUGAUAAGAAUGAUUGGCGACAGAGAAAAUCUGCUUUCAGAGAUAGUCCUAAAAAUGAUAAAUGGGGUGAUACGGAGUCAUUUGAGAGAAAUAAACUUCAUAGGAGUAAGGAAAGUAACAACUCGAAUAAUAAUUGGAAUAAUCAGGAUAAGGGCCACAGAAAGGAUUGGAAUAAUGAAGUACACAGAGAUAAAUGGAAGAAAAAGGAAAAAGAAACUAAAUCUGGCAAGUCUAAGGGAAUUAGUGGCAGCGAUAAAAGCUUCUCCGAUACAUCUGAGAAGAACUGGCGCAGCAGGCCACAAGUAAAUUUCAGAAAUAAGGGAAAAAGUAACAGCGAUAAUAAAAAAGGAUCUAAUAAAGAGGCAACUUUAAAUUCCCAAAUUAAACAAUUACCGCGGGAAGAAAAAACUGUCAAGCCUUUAGAUUUAGCACCUGCUAAUGCUUCUUUCAAGUUUUUAAAUCUACAAGAUACAACCGAAGUUAUUUCCAUAUGUUGGUUUUAUAAUCCUACCAAUUUUUUUUGCCAACUUCAAAAUUGUAAGGAGGAAUUUAAGAAAAUGAUGGAAGAUAUUCAAGAGAGCUAUCAAAAUCGCUAUCCGAGUUCAAUAGAUUUAUCCAUUAGUUCACCAGUUAUAGCAUUGUUCCCUGAAGACGGAGUCGUAUAUAGGGCACAAAUUAUUGAAAGUAUUGGUUCGCAAUGGAAAGUGCAAUAUGUGGAUUUUGGUAAUGUGGCGAUAACUGAAAAAAUUUGGCCUAUAGAAAGAAAAUUCAUGGAAAUGCCUGCACAAGCUAUUUGUUGCGGAUUAGCUCUGUUACCCGUAGAAAAAACGUGGCCGGAACCCGAUGCAUUCUCUUCAUACUUCAAUAAAGAACAUUAUUCGUGUAAUUUUACUGGGUUUAACCAAGGAAAGUACGUUGUUGAACUUUAUGAUAAUUGCGAAAACAUCUCAGAACUACUUAUCUCGGCUUCUUUAGCGAAGUCUCCAGAAAAGGACGUAGAAGUUUUUAAAGUGAAAUAUUCUACCGACACAGAUCUUUGUCUACUUUUUAAUCAACAAAUAAGAGUCACAUUAUCAGCUGUAAACACCGUACAAGAUUUUUUUAUCAUUCUUCCCAAUGGUCAAGAAGUCAAUUGUUGUCUUUGUAACAGUUUUACUGCGGAAAAAACUUGGAAUGAUACAUUAAAACAGGUGGUUGGCUAUACAGUAAUUGUUCACGUCACAAGUACAUCAGAUGACAACAAACUCGAAGUAGUCAUUUAUGAUACAACUGGAAACAAACUGAAGCUUGUCGAACCGGAUGAAGGAACUUUAGAAUGGAUAUCGUUUUUAUGUCCUAUGCCCGUUUUUAAUUCCACUAUUGCCUGUUGGGUGUCCCAUUUUACCGAAAGUAGUAUAUUUAUUCAACCAUCCGAUUUUGGCGAUACGAUAACACAGCUAUUAGAUUCGAUGUUCCAUAGUUAUGAUAACACCGUUCCCGAUGAAUCAUUGCAAAUUCAGGAAGGUUUUAUAUUAGCUGUUCACUCAGACGAUGGUAACUGGUACCGUGGUCAAGUAACAGCAAUAGAAGACGAUAAGAUAACCGUCAUAUAUGUUGAUUACGGUAAUUCUGAAUCUGUAAGCCAAUCUGAAGUCAGAGAAUUGGCAUUCGAACAUUCGGAAUUGCACAUGUUAGCUUUAAAAAUUUGUUUGACUGAACCAUUACAGAAAUUACCUGAAAAUGAAGUGUAUGCUAAGGUUUGGUAUGGAGAUUGCGGAUGGGAGGGAAAGAUUAUCUCUUCUUUAUCAUCAGAUGAGCAGGAAGAGCACCAAUAUGAAGGAGUACCUGUUUUAUUGAGUCACUCUGAUUCCCCAGGAGAAUUUUAUUUGCAGCUGUUGACUGCUCUUGAUCAAAUCGAAAGCUUACAAAAUAUUCUUCAAGAACAGAUAUCACUUCUGCAAGAUUUAGAAAACCCAACUGCAGGAAUUCUAUGUGCAGCCCAAUAUUCUGUCGAUGGAAUCUGGUACCGAUGCCAGAUUUUAGACGCUGAUGCUGACAUUACUUCGGUACGAUUUAUAGAUUAUGGUAACACCGAUGUUCUUGAUAAUAAAACUACAAAACUAAAAAUGUUACCACCGGAUCUUCUCACUUUAGAACAGUAUGCACAAAGAUGUAGUCUGUGCAUACAACCCAUUGAGGAUGAAGAAUGGACGCAAGCUUCUCUCAACCGCUUCGACCAGCUUGUUAAAACCGAAAAUCUCAUGAUGAAAAUUAUCCAUCAGAACGAGAAGUCAACGUACGUGGAACUUUAUUCAGGCGGAGAAAAAGUUUCCGAAAAAUUAUUAAUGGAAGGAUUGGUCAGAGAGUUGGUUUUAGAAACAGAUAGUAGUUCUACUGGUUACGUAAGUCAUCUCAAUUCUCCAUCAGAGUUUUGGAUUCAAUUGGAAAAUUCGGUUGGUGAUUUAGAGUGGAUUGCAGAGCAAUUAUCAACGGCCGAGAAUUUUGCUGAACUCGAAGAUAUCGCUCCCGGAUCGCUUUGUGCAGCUUUGUUUCCUGAGGACGAAAUGUGGUACAGAGCUCGAAUAUUAUCGAACACUGUCGCAGGACUGGAAGUGAUAUUCAUCGAUUAUGGCAAUUCAUGCACUUGCAGUGGUUUACGUCAACUACCGGAAGAUCUCAUUUUAUUGCCUCCGUUGGCUAUAAAGUGUAGUUUAAACAAACCUGUUGGAACACUACAAUGGUCUCCGCAAGCCACAGAAAAAUUUAGGGAACUGUCGGCAGACGGUGCUACUAUUUUUAACGUUCACAAAAUCACCGCCGAUGAAACUUCAAUAGUAGAUUUAUUCCUUGAUAAUCAGAGUAUUACUGAAAAACUAUUACCAGAAACAGCGGAAGGCUUCAUAUCUCACUUUGAAUCCGUCGAAGAAUUUUGGAUUCAGAAAGCAGAAGAUGUUCCCAAACUAGACUAUAUUAUUGAAACCAUGGCAAAUGCUUUGAAUUGGGAAGUUUUUAACAAAAAGACCGAAGAAAAUACAGAAUUGGUAGCAGCUCAAUUUCCCGAAGAUCAAGUCUGGUACCGAGCAGAAAUAUUGGAAAUUAAGCAAUUUGAAAACGAAGUAGUGUAUGUAGUGCGAUUCAUUGAUUAUGGAAACAUUUGUGAGACUGCACAUAUUAGGCAACUUGAUGAAAGAAUUUCUGAAACUGCACCGCUGGCAAUAAAAUGCAGACUGGAACUUCUUCCUGGUCAUAGGUGGAGUGACGAAUCGUCUGAAAAACUUUCAAUUCUUGUAAACGGAGGCAAGACAACGUUCCAAAUAGAAUUUGUAACUAAUGGUAUGGUAAGGUUGUAUUUGGAUGGUAAAGACAUUAGAACCGAAUUAAACUGUGCUCCUUUGGGAUCACUUAUAAGCAGCCCGAAAAGACUUGUAGUAGGAGAGUGUUUGGCAAAAGACAUUAUUAACGACAUUUGUUCGGAAGUUAUGAAAAUUCUUGAUCAUCCUCAAGAAACGAUACUCGAAAUGAGUACAAUCAAUGAUCAUCUACAAUCUGAAACUAGUGAUUUACCGAAAAAUGAAAAUAUCAGUGAAAUACAAAUACCCAAUGAAAAAGUACAGUUUGAUGAAUCUCAUAUUUUAGAGGAUAGAGAAACGAAUAACAUGAUCACGGAAAAUAAUAUUUUACACAAUAAUGAGACUGCUGAAGUUGUUUCCAGUAUAUUAAAUAAUAUAAUUGACGAAGAUGUUCUAAAUAAAAAAAUGUUAAUAAGUGAAAAUACAAUGAAUCAUAUAAGUCUGAAAACAGAAAAUGAAAUAAGUAAAACUUUUACUGAAAAGGAUAUAUUGUACAUGGAAAAUGAAACCAACAAAGAAACAAGCAAAGAGAAAAUAGAAGAAUAUCUUCAGAGUAUCCCUUCUUCACCUACAGAUAAUGAAAUUAAAAAAGUAGAACAAGAAGUAUUAAUUCUUUUAAAUGGAAGAAAUGAAAACAACACAUAUCAAAAAGAAAAUAAUGCGAUAGAACAUACAACUAAAAUACAAAGUACCACAGAAAUAAAGUCAGACCAAUUAGAAAGGACAGAUGUGAUUGGUGUACCACCCGACAAUAAUAUCGAUAAAAAAAGUGUAUUAUCAGAAGAAAGUAAUGACAGUGAUAGAUUGGAUAAAAAUAGUCAUUCCAAAAGUGAAGUAACUGCAGAAAAAGAAAUCAUAGAUACUAUUCAUGAAGUAAAUGUAAAUUUAGAAAAAAAAUAAUAAUUUUAAGAAUAUGUUAAAAACGGUGACACGAUUGUUUUCACCAAAAUAUUUAUUUUGCAGAAAAGGCUUUAAAUAUUAUAUGUAUAUACUUUAACAAGGAUUAUUAUUGAUUUUAUGAAAACAAUUUAUCAGCGGAGGAAAAUUUCUUAUCAACAUUCUUGACUAUUGAAGAUUUAAGAUUUAUUUUUGCCAUUUUUUUAAUUUCAAACGUUAUAAUUGCGUUUUCAACAAAAAAAUGCGUUGUUGCUUUUAAUUAAUUGAUCUAGGAUUAAGUUUACUUUCUGAAUACGAAUUUUUUAUUCUUAGAGUGUAUAUUUCUUAAAAAGUUAACCUUGUUGUUAUUGUAACUGAUAUUGGUACAUUUACAGUUUUUUAAAUAAAAUAAAGCUUUAUUAAAAUUUAGUUGUUUAAUACACAUAACUACAUCAUGAUAAUAAUCUUAAUUACGAACAAGUAGGAGGGACAAUAAACCUUAAAACUUAAAAGGUGUAAAGUAUACGUAAUUACUUAAAACUAUUACAAUAUUCA